UCCUCUCCUUAUAAAUUAGUGAAACCUUCCCCAGAACCACCGCAUAAACUGAAAACAAUGGAUUCAUUACUCCAUGAAUGGCCGGAACCCAUCGUCGCCGUUCAAUCCAUCGCCGAAAGCGGCGCCACAUUAAUCCCCGUAGACUACGUGAAGCCCGCUGCCGAUCGGCCUGCUGUUGCCGGAACCACCGCCGCUCGUGAACUAAGCAUCCCUAUCAUCGAUCUAGGGAAACUUAAAACAGGCGUCGUUGAUUUUUAUGCCGUGAUACGUGAGAUCUCUGAUGCUUGCCGUGAAUGGGGAUUCUUCCAGGUGGUGAACCAUGGUGUCGAUAAUGAAUUGGUUAAUGCCGUGAUGGGGGUUUGGAGAGAGUUUUUCCACCUUCCAAUGGAGGAGAAGAAGAAGUUGGCUAAUUCACCAGUAACUUAUGAAGGUUAUGGAAGCCGUCUUGGUGUUGAGAAAGGUGGGGCGCUAGACUGGGGCGACUACUUCUACCUUCAUAUUCUGCCACACAGUGUCAAAAACUAUGAUAAGUGGCCAAAUGUCCCCUCUGCAUGCAGGGAAAUUACGGAGGAGUACGGGAGGCAGAUGGUGAGCUUAUGCGAUACGGUUAUGAAGGUGCUGUCAAUAGACCUGGGGUUUGACGUAGGGUUUCUAAAGGAGAGGUUUGGAGGAGAAGAUAUUGGAACAUGCAUGAGGGUUAAUUACUAUCCUAAAUGCCCGCAACCCGAAUUAACGUUGGGGUUGUCUGCACACUCUGACCCGGGCGGGCUUACUGUACUUGUGGCUGACCAUGAGGUUCCCGGGCUUCAGGUGCGCGAGGGGAGCGCUUGGGUCAACGUCAGCCCGGCCCCCAAUGCACUUAUCGUUAAUGUCGGAGAUCAGAUUCAGGUAUUGAGCAAUGCAACAUACAAGAGCGUGGAGCACAGAGUAUUGGCUAAUGCAGUCCAGGAACGAUUGUCGAUCGCUUUCUUCUACAAUCCGAAGAACGAUCUGCCAUUAGAGCCGGUGAAGGAGCUCGUAACGCACGAGAGACCGCAGCUUUACAGAGCAAUGACCUUCAGUGAGUACAGGCUCUACAUAAGGAAAAAGGGCCCAAGGGGCAAGACACAGGUCGAAUCUCUCGAGGCCAUGUGAUAAAUAAUAUUGAAAUGUCUACUAACAUGUUAUAUGUGCUUGGUCAUUCAGUACACUCAUAAUGAGGUAAACAUUUCACAAGAUCUGUACAACAUCCGAAAGUACUUUGGCCGAACCUAUCUGGAUAUCUACUCUUUAUUUUUAGCACUUAUUAUACAUGCUUUUUGGCUAUCCUUUUCUGUCCCUUCUUCUUUGC